CUUUACCUUAAUUCUCCAAUUCCAUAUGACAUUUAACAAUUAAAAAUCAAAAACCCAAACAAGCAAAGCCGACAAUAAUCUCUUUUGUAUCACAACCUUUUGUUUUUGUUCCUAAUAAAAAAUCACAAUAUUUUAUGAUUGCUACCACCAAAUUCUCAAUGACUUAAUACAUUUUAUAUAAAGCAAAGAUUCAUCAAAAAGUAAAAGUGUGAAGGGAAGUGAGAAAACGAAGCACAAAUGGAAGAAGAAAGCACCACAAUCAUCAUGACCUCACUCUCUAUACUCUCUCCUUCACACCUCGCGAAUCUCACUCAUACCAUUCUUUCUCUAUCCCAUCAACAUCGCCGUCGUCUCGCCGCCGUUCUCUCCUCUACGACGCUUUUCUCCCUCACUCUCCGCCACCUCCUUUCUCUCUCCCUUCCUCAAAAAACCCUCCUCAUCGCUACUCACCUCCUUUCUCUUCUCCACCCUCUUCUACUCCACCGUAACCACCACUCUCUCCACUCAUCUGCCGCCAAGAUGAAGCUCCGGGACCUCGACGCAGUGGUGCUCCUCCUCUUUCUCUGUGAAACACAUCAGCUAGAUCCAGAUUUUCUAGAAGCUUCAGCUGAUAAUUGGCGGGAAAUCCUCGGUAACAUGUGCUCUGAUAAUAUGCUAAACAGUAUCUCAGGUCUCUGGACUUGCGACGCGGGAAUCUUGAUGCCUUACAUAGAAACCCUAGUUAGAUACAAAAGAUUCGUCGACGUAAUGGUAAACCACAACCACCUUGGUCGAGGAGGAGAGAAAGAAGGAUAUGAAAUCCCGGCGGCUAGAGCGGCUGUGGUGGCGUUACGGGCGGUUGAAGUGCUUAACGCCACCGGCUCAAACGCCGGGGAAGUAGAAUGCGUGAUAUGCAAGGAAGAGAUGAGCGAAGGAAGGGAUGUUUGUGAAAUGCCAUGUCAGCAUUUGUUCCACUGGAAGUGUAUCUUGCCAUGGCUUAGCAAGAGGAACACGUGUCCGUUCUGUAGGUUUCAGCUUCCCACCGAUGAUGUCUUCUCGGAGAUCCAACGGCUAUGGGAGAUCCUCGUCAAGACCACCGAGUUAGACGUGGGGUGAUGUCAGCUCGCAGCAUCAAUACUAUUAAUUCUUCAAACAUGUCCAAUUGAUAUGGGGUUAUGUCCAACAAUUAUUUUUCCACAAUAAAAAAACCAUAUAUUCUAUAACUGAAUCUAAAUAAAUAUUUUGUAACCACCUUUUAACUCCAUAAUGAUCGGAGCUUAUUAAAAAAAAACCAAAUAUUUUAUAACUGUCUU